CAAAAUUACAAGUCUGCGGAGUUGAACAUUGAUAAUCGUACACACAUAAUUGUGUCGGCUGCUCCACUCGGGUUAUAAAAUGUACAAUUAAAUUAUACAUAAAAUUUCUCAUAACCUUUAGUCUAUAUGAGCUGAAACUGUAUAUUUCUCAGCAUAUAAUGUUCCAACUCUGGUUAAACCUCACGAAUUGAAAAUUUAUCUUUCUAUAUUUCCCAGCUCAGUGAUUAAAAUAAUAUGCAUUGCACAGUGGACGAGGCCAAGGGAAUUUGUCUUUUCCCCUAUGGCAAGCAAGAAUAUCCCACUGAAGACAUGGAUGAGGUUUAUCCAGGAAUAUACAUUGGGAAUUCAGCUUCUGCCGCCAAUUUAGCCGAACUCAAAGCCAAGAAUGUUAAAUAUGUUCUAAAUUCUGCAUUUGGAACAGACAGUUCACUGAAAAUGGUGCACGUUCUUUCUGAGAAAGACUAUACUCAAUCUGGAAUAAGUUUUCUUGGAGUUCCGGCUGUAGACCACAUGUCUUAUUCUAUAAGUGAACAUUUUAAUGAAGCUUUGGUGUUCAUAAAAGGAGCCGUAACCACGGAGAGGAGUAUUUUGGUGCACUGUGUAGAAGGAAUAAGUCGUUCAGCAACUUUAGUGUUGGCUUAUUUGGUGAAAGAA